UAGGUUUAGUCAUCGCUAUAGUAUCGUGUGUGACGAGUGGGGAGUUGAUACACGUUCAUUUAUUGAGACGGAGUUCUGACCGAUAGGAAGCCAAAUUCGAGGCGGAAAAUUCGCUGGAAUUGUCGUUGAAAAAGCGAAUAAAUUCUGCUGAAUAUGAGUGAAGUUCAUGCUUUGAAUAUGGCCUUAAACGGUUCAGAAGCCGAGGAAAUUCUAGACUCAUCGUUGAGUAAAACACCACCGCCUGUUGUUCAGAUCUCACGAGUGAAGGAGGAGGGGCGGGCGACGGAUGGGAGCGAAAUAGACAGCAUUGAUAGCCAGGCCUCCAUAUCUGAUAGUGACGAAGAACAGUUUGAAGACGCCGAGGAAGACCUUAAUAUUGAGAACAAAGAAAAUGGACUGAAACAGAAUGAAAAGAAAAGUAAAAGUGACAUUGAAAAUAACAAUAAAGAGUGGCAACCACCAGAUGAGGAAUUACAAGCAAAGGUGGUAAAACAAGUGGAAUUUUACUUUUCGGACGCAAACAUAACGAAAGAUGCUUUCCUUCUGAAGCAUGUAAAACGCAAUCGUGAAGGCUACGUAAGUCUCAAACUCAUUACUUCUUUCAAAAAAGUAAAGAAAUUAACGAAGGACUGGCGAAGUGUUCGUUAUAGUUUACAGCAGAAAUCAGUUAGUUUAAUUGUUAAUCCUGAUGGUAAGAAAGUAAAGAGGAAGGAACCACUGCCCGAAUACGAUGAAACAACGCCAUCACGAACAGUUCUUGUCGUUAAUCUGCCAUCUCAGAACCCUACCAUUGAGAAUGUUAAUGAGCUGUUUAAGCAAUGUGGCGAAAUCAGUCUUGUACGUAUCAUCCGCCCCGGAAAGACCAUCCCCCAAGACAUCCGCAAACAUAUGGGUAAACAUUAUGAAAUUGGAAAUACUCUGUGUGCUUUGGUGGAAUUUGAAAAGUCUGAAUCUGCCACAAAUGCUGUUAAAAUGAUGAAUAAUGAUGAUAACUGGCGUACUAGUAUGCACGUCACAUUAUUGGCCCCCAAAAAAAACAAAAAGGAGGCUUUAAAAAAAGAAGAUGGACGUGAAAGUCUCUCUCCACAGCAGAAGCUUUUGACUCCAGUUGGUAGUGGGGCAGAAUCUGAUGGGAGCAUGAAGGGUGAUGAAAAGCGGCGUCGUCGACAAAAGAAGAAGAAAAACCGCAUUGAAGAGUUAGCACGCGAAGGCGACAAUAGCUCUUCAGAGCCGGACCUUUCACCCUCAACAGGCAGACGACAACAAAGUAAACCUGUAGCAAUUCCACCAGCAAGGAGCCCUAAUCAUUUAAGCCCAGCUACUACACCAAAAUCCAGUCCAAUAAACAGUCCUCACAGCAGCCCCCGUGUCCAGAAAAAAAUCAUAGGCCGCUCACCAUUGGCCGAGAGUAACCGAGCAAGUCCAAAGAACAGUCCUAGAGGAAGUCCCGAAUCAGGACACAAAUACACUGAAGGAUCGCUUUCGGAAGGAAGUGGCAGCCCCUGGGUGCGUAGGCGUCGUCUCCUAGCAGCAGAGUCAUCGUCGCCUAUUGGUGGAAACAGUCCAUCUGGUAGUCCAAGUUUGAUGCGACAUUCUGCGGCAUUGUGUGGUAUCAUACGGAAUCCAAGGGGACCCGAUGGAACGCAUGGUUUUGCUGACUGCAGAGGCAGAGGGAAAUUUAUCCCUGUGUGUUGAGUAUUUCUUCUAGCUCACAGAUGAGAACCUUGCCCAACUGUGUCUGCUACCGGCUAGGUAUUAAUAAGGUUGGAAGAACAUUCCAUAUUUAACUAAACUAUCCAUUCAAAAAAAAAAACAGAUACUGGUAGUGAUCGACUAAUCAAUUAUCAAAAAAAAAAAUAUUUCUCAGGGUGCCCAUAAAGAUAUUUUGUGUACCUUAAGCUAACCAAAAUAAUUGUGUGUGAUACAGUACAAACAAGCAUGACUUGAUAAAAUCAAAUACAUGUAUAUUUAUAUUAUAAGAAACACAUCCAAGCAUCUAAAAACAUAGCAUAGAUUAUUAAAAAGUUUCAGCAUCAGUCAACAGCAUUGUCAGUCAGUUCAUAAGGGUAUCUAAUAUGCAUAAGCCUGCCAAUACAUGUUAUGUAUUUAUAUUUAAAAAAGAGUACUUCACAUGAUCAUAUUUAAACCUGUACAGUAAAGAGUAUUUUAAAAUAAGUUGAAUGUAAAGGCACUACAUAGCACUAAAUUUUGAAUCUUAUUUUACUAUUAAACAUUCUUUUUAAUAGUUUAGUUGCUUAAAAUCUUGUUAUAUUUGGCCAUAAGGAUUCAUAUAUAAGUAGGCUUAUUACCAAUUUUAUCAUUGAAUACUAAAUUUGUUCCUGCCUCAGCAGGAUUUUUGUAGCAUAAAGUGUACUGUACAUCAAUUGGUACCAUGGAGUAAUAUACUGUGUAAUGCUAGCCUCUAAGCAGGAAAUGGGGUUGCAUAGGUCACCAACUAUAAAUUGCAUCCUGUUUGCUUUCGUAUUUGAUCUUAUCAAUUGAAAGACAACUGUAAAAAAAUUCUAUUGAUAUUAACAUUGUUUGGUUUUUGUUGGUAAAUUUCCAAAUUUUCCCCUCAUAACUGUAUUUAGAAACACAUGGACUGGUUAUGUUUUUAUUUUUGUACAGUAUCACUGCAAUUUUGAAUGACUCAGCCAGGAAUGCCACAUUAUUAUAUUUCCUUUUAGAAUCAGCUUUUAUAUGAAACCAAAAGAAAUUUAUUUACAGAACAAAAAGGUUUUAUAAAUCAAAAUUCAUGUUAUUAGAAAAAAAAUUAUUUUGUAAUAAUUUGUCAAAAUUUAAAACCUAAAGAAAUUUAAAUUCUUCCAGAACCAAGGUCGAUAUUACUGUUUCUUUGAAUAUGAAAUCCAUUUUUAAUCUGUCUUUCUUUAAGAUACACUUUGAAUUAUUUCAUAAGUAAAUGUAUGCAUUCAAUAAUUAAAAGAAUCCUGUUACUUUUAAGUAGUUGAUUAUAAUAAUGAGUCAUAUAUCUCAAAUGAGUCAUAUAUCUCAAAUACAAAAUGAGACUUAUCAAACUUUAGGUGAUGAAAAAAAAAGCACAUGGAGAUAUUGUUAAUAAUUUUAUUCAAAAUAUUAUGAUUGCUCAUCCUGUAUGGACAUUUUAUUUCCAAAUGAUUACUUACAGGUGAUAAUAACAUGGAGAUAUAUUGUUGAUAAAAGAAAAACCAAACAAAAAUUGACUUCUGUAGAUACUGUGUGUAAAGAAACUAAAACCAAUUCAAGACACUUGACCAUUAUCAAAGAAAUUAUUUUAACCUCUUUAUAUUGACUCAUUCAGAUGAAUCCCAAAAACAGUACUUGUUUGUGGUUUUGUUCUAAUGUACUGUAGCGAGUCAUGUGUUUGUAGUACAGUAGUUAAAAUUGCAUUCUUUUUAAACCACAUUAUUGUUGGAGUGGCUUUUAUUAAGGGGUUUCCUUUGUUUCUAGCUGUUUUAUUAGUCUCUUAGGAAAUCUCAAAACCUCUAGUGGUAUUAUUACAUACAACAAAACACGUGGUUAAUGAAAUAGCAAAAUUCUUGAUAUAUUAUAAAGAAAAUUCCAUUAUUUUUUUAUCCUUUCUUUCUUUGUUAUAAACAUAGAGUAAUUCAAUUUUUUUUCACUAGUUGUAUUCAGUGGAAAUUUAGUAAUCGGUAAUUUCUGAACAAAAAAGAAAAAUAAUGGAUUCUUGACAAUAUCUUCAUGUUUUUUUUAAUUAUUUUUAAAGUCUGGAAUCUUAAAAAAUAGAUAAGCGAAACUGUUUUUUUUUUUAUGAAAACAGACUACAGUCAAAACAAUUGAGGUUAUAAGAAUGAUUACUGUAUUAGUACUUGAAAUGGUUUAUAAUUGUUUGUAUCACUUUUAGUGUAUUUUGACUAAAUAUUGGGCAUUAUUUCAUAAUUAUAUAUGUACUGUAAAUUAUAUUUUGGAGAUUGUGGUGAUACACAUAGUGUGCUUCGGUCUUCUUUAAUCUUUACUAGAGGUUAUAACUUCUUCACAGUGACUCCGCAGUUUAAUGGUUGGUAGCCUAGCUAAAAACAUUGAGGUACAUUGUAUAGCAUUACCUCCAUCUAUAGUCCAAGGAAACAUCCCACAUGUAGAGCGCACGCAUACCAUAGAGCUAUAACUAUGCUGAUACCAGCAGCAUUGUUAUCAUCUCAAGGGUGUAUGGAUGAAAUAAUUGAAGGGUACCUGUUAAAAACAGGAGUUACAGUUUGUUAUUAAAGGAAAAUAUUUAUUGAAAACUGAAUUUGUAAAUAUUUUGAUUAUAUAUUAUGCUUUUUAAAGUGAAUUUUGAUAUUUUCUUUUUCAUACUUAAAUAUGUAUUGAUUGUUGCUUCAAUGAUUAUAUUUGUUUAUGUAAUUUUUUAAGAUAAUUUGCUACAAAAAAUAUGAUGUUUAAAUUACAGUGUUUGCUUCUGAUUUAACCAUUUGUUUAUCAACGAGUUUUUAUGACAACAAAAAAGUAUAUAUACAAAAAUUGAUAUUCAAUGUAUUAUAGGAUUGGUGAUAUUAGAAAAAGGGGUAAAAUAUAAUGAAUUAUAUGAAUGAGGAUAACUUAAGAUUAUUUUAAUGGAGUAAUGAAGCUGUGUAUAAGCGCAGAGUUGUUUACCAAAAAUGAAAGUUAUAACAAGUAUGAAUACCUGACAUUUUUGUAGUGUUGGUUUGAAUGUUAUAUUGUGUUUGUGACUAAUGUCAAAGAAACGUCUUUGGAAAGUUUAAUUGAUAGAAUAAUGAGUUAUUGAAAGCCCAAAUCUGGAUGGGAUUCAUUUUGUUUUAUGUGACUAAUAUGCCUAAAGCAUUCCAGGUAUUAAAUUGCUUUUUUGUUAAAAAUGAAA